AACUAUCGUCCUCUUCCCUUCACUCCCUCUCUCUCUCUCUCUCUCUCUCGCUCUCGCUCAGUUUGAGCUCCGAUGGCCGGUGGCCGGAACCACCCGAAAUAUCACCACAAGCCCUCCAACGCCACCUCCUCCACCGCAUCGUCCCACCGCUCCAACGCCGCCGCCGCCGCCGCCGCCGCCAAUAACAAAUCCCGGUUUGAAGCCACCUCCGUCCCUCCUCGCUCCUCCGACCCCAAACCCAGCCCCAAGACCACCGCCGCCGCCGCCAAACCCUCCCCCAGGACGGGCCCCUCCCCGAGCCCCGCCCGCCCGCGGCCCCCCGCCGGACCGAACAGCCCCGCCCCUCCCCGGGGCACCCCGCCCUCCCGCCCGCUCCCCGACCCCGCGGCCCUCGGCCCGCCCCCUCCCCCGUCCUACGGCUUCCACAUGCUGGAUCGCCGCACCAUCGUGCUCGCCGACGGCAGCGUCCGGUCCUACUUCGCGCUCCCGCCGGAUUACCAGGACUUCGCGCCGCCCCUGCCGCCGCGGCGGCGGCCGCAGGACCCCACAGCUGCCGCCGCGGGGCGGUUCUUGUCGGGAGGGCCGAGGCCGGAGUUCGGCGGGAUUCCGGGCCCUGAUGCCUUCCGGGGUGGCAGAGAGGAGUUGUUUGUUCGGGGGAGGCAGCCGCAGGAUUACUGGAACUCGCUUGGGCUGGACUCGGUCCGGCCGGGCCCCGCGGAGGGGCCCUCGAAGAGGAAGUUUGGGGGAGAAGGAGAGGAGAGAGACCGGAUAGACGAUGAGCAAGACAAGGCGAGAAAGAGGCAGCAAGUUUUGCAAUAUGGGAACCCGGACAGGCAUCCGGGUCCCGGUCCAGGUGGGUUCUUCGCUGGUCCGAGCGGAGAGGUAUUCAGGGGUUCAAAGUAUGGGAGUGCUCUUGAGAGUGUGCGCUUGAAGCAUCUAGAGGUCGAUCAGGCCAAGCUAAAGAAGGCAUUUUUGCAUUUCGUGAAGGUUAUUAAUGAGAAUGGCUAUCACAGGAGGAACUAUCUCGAAAAUGGGAAGAAUGGGUCCCUUAAAUGUGUUGCUUGUGGCAGGUCGUCUAAAGAGUUUCAAGAUGUGCAUGGUCUCAUCAUGCAUACUUACAACUCAGAAAAUGCCGACUUGUGUGUGGAUCACUUGGGCUUACACAAAGCUCUAUGUGCUUUAAUGGGUUGGAACUAUGCAAAGCCUCCCGAUAAUUCGAAGGCUUACCAAUCCUUACCUGCUGAAGAAGCAGCGGCUAACCUGGAGGAUCUGAUCAUGUGGCCGCCAAUGGUUAUCAUUCAUAAUACAAUUACUGGAAAGAGUAAAGAAGGGCGCAUGGAGGGGUUGGGAAUCAAAGCCAUGGAUAAUUAUGUCAAAGAGCUUGGAUUUAUGGGUGGCAAGUCAAAGUCCUUAUAUGGCAGAGAGGGUCAUCUAGGGAUAACCCUGAUUAAGUUUUCUGCGGACCAAUCAGGCCUUAAAGAGGCCUUGCAGCUAGCGGAACACUUUGAGAAGGACAAUCAUGGACGCAAGAGUUGGGCUCGUUUACAGCCCUUGACAUUGGGGAAGGAUGAUGAAAACAAUCCAAACCUUGUCAGGGUGGAUGUGAGGACAGGGGAGAAAAGGAGGAUUUUCUAUGGUUAUCUUGGAACAGCCUCAGAUAUGGAUAAGUUGGACUUCGACACACGGAAGAAGGUGAUAUUUGAGAGUAGGAGGGAAUGCUUAUCAUCCAGUUAGAAUUUCGCCGAUGACAACUCAAUGUGCUUGUGUCACAUAGAUCUUCUCAGCCAAAGUAUCUUGACUGUGAAUAUAACCUUUAGUGGCUGUGAGAAAUGAUGAAUACCUAUGUGUUCAAUUGCUGACGAUGCUAAGAUUAUCAAGAGGCGGACAGCCUCUGAGUAUGGUUUUUUUAUUUUGAUAUAGUAACACUAAUUUUUUAAGCAUAAAAUUUUUCCAGCUUUAAGUUGGAUCUGCUAAUAUAUCCUUAAAGGUUUGUUCUUUGAA